AUGGCUCAAAUCGUGCGUCAGAGUAAAUUCAGACAUGUUUUCUGUAAACCAGUAAAGCAUGAGAAUUGCAUGUCUGAUAUUAAGGUAACUGAGAUUACGUGGGAUUCAUUAUUUUGCGCUGUAAACCCGAAGUUCAUCGCGUUCAUUAAUAAAGGAGCCGGUGGUCCGUUUAUGGUUAUCCCAGUAAAAAAGAUUGGUCGAGUGGAUAAGGACUAUCCAUUUGUUGAUGCUCAUAAGGCCCCUUGUCUUGAAGUAGCUUGGAGUCCUUUCAAUGACAACGUGAUUGCUUCGUGCUCUGAAGAUACCACAGCAAAAGUCUGGCUUAUUCCUGACAGAGGCUUGUCCAGAAACUUGUCUGAGCCUGCCGUAGAAUUAUGUGGUCACCAAAAGAGAGUUAAUACGCUCGCUUGGCAUCCCACAGCCAAUAACAUUCUGCUAACUGCUGGUGGUGAGAACAAACUGCUUAUGUGGAAUGUGGGAACUGGUGAAGCUUUGCUCGAGAUUGCUGGACACCCAGAUAUGAUCUGGAGCAUCAGUUUCAACUAUGACGGAAGUCAAUUCGUCACUACUUGCAAGGACAAAAAAAUUAGAAUUUUGGAUUCUCACACUGGUGACGUACUUAGUGAAGGAGUUGGUCAUGAAGGCGUCAAGCCACAAAAAGCCAUUUUUGUACGGGACGGAAGAAUUCUGACUACUGGAUUCACAAAACGAUCUGAACGUCUUUAUGCCUUAAGAGAUGCUAGUAAUCUAUCCGAGCCUUUGGUAGAAGAAGAAUUAGAUACUUCCAAUGGAGUUCUAUUCCCAUUGUACGAUGAAGACACAGGACUUGUUUAUCUUGUCGGAAAGGGAGAUUGUGCUAUUCGUUACUAUGAAAUCAACCAGGAGUACCCCUUUGUUCAUUAUAUUAAUACUUACACAACCAGUGAGCCCCAACGUGCCGUAGGUUUCCAAAACAAGAGAGGUGUUUCAAGUGAGGAGAACGAAGUGGUCAGAUUAUAUAAACUCACAACAAAAGGUGUUGUAGACAUUCUCCAAUUCUUCGUUCCGAGAAAAUCUGACUUGUUCCAGUUUGAUCUCUAUCCCGAUACUCGUUCAACUACACCAGCGCUCACAGCUGAAGAAUUUAUAGAAGGAAAAACUGCUCCACCCGUUUUGGCCCCCGUCAAUGCGGCAGCUGCUCAAGCCAAGCCUAAAGUUACGGUCGCCAAAAAAGCUAAUAUUCUCAGUGGUCUUGCUCCCACCCAAGCAGCUGACUCAGCACCACAGAGCUACGCUGAACAAACUCAAGCUGCCUCACCCCGACCGUCUUCACAAGCUCAAUCACGGCCUUCAUCUCAAGCUCAAUCACGCCCAGCUUCUCAAGCACAACGCAGACCUGUCAUAGAUGACGACAUGGGAAUUGUUCCCAUGAGCCAACCCGCAUCCCAACGUCCUCCAUCAUCCAGAUCAACUAAAGAAGAAGAAGUUGAAAAACCAAAUCCCAUGGUUCCAAAACAACAGGUUAACUUGAGACCCAGAGAAGGUCGUGAUGACGGUAAAGGCUUAACUGCUGGUCAAAAAAGAGCUGCAGCCGAGCUUGAUCGCAUCCGACGAGACCAGGCUCGACUACCUGACAGCGAAGACCUUCCUCCCACCUCUUCCGCACAAGCAUCUCCUUCACCCCGCAUGAGUGUCAGUGACAUGGGAUCAUCUGUGCCUACAUGUAUGGAAGAGCUUUUGGCAGAUUUCAUGAAAAUGAAAUCUGUCAUGCGACAGCAUGAAAGACGUAUUCGGAUGUUAGAAGAGGAGAUAGCCGAGCGUAAUAUGAGCAAUGCCUAUUCUUUCUAA